AUGUGUUAUUCUCGUGGGCUUGCACCGGAGCUUCUGUUUGAUCAAGCAGAACUCUAUGCUAACAACAGCAGAAACUGCUCUCAGCCAUUCAUCGCUGGAAAAAGGGUCCGCAAACGUCUGCAAGAAGCCAAAACAGGCAUUGAGAAUCUGAAAUCAGUGGGUUUCGACAAGUACCUGAGGAAAGUAGGAUUAGGAAAAGAAGAUCGCUACUUCUGGAAGCAAGUAGGCAAGUCGCUCCUCUGCACGUACGCUAUCAUCGGCGUUGUGUGGGUUUACAACGAAACAUCACCACUCGGUUGGUGGACACUGAAACCGAGACCAAAGGAGGAAAGAGAGCUUGCCCAUUUGUAUGAGAGGCGAGAAUUCCCAUAUCCAGGCGAUGCAGAAGCAAUGGAAGAGUUUGUUGCAAGGGGAGGAAUGAUUGGCACGACAAUUGGGCCGAAAGGGACUGUGGAGAAUGAUAAAGAUUCUUAUAAUUAUCAGAAACAGUUGCAGGAUAAAAAGUUUGAUCAAGAAGCACAGAAACUGUGGUUUAGGAUGAGGAAUGAGGUUAUUCAGGAGCUUCAAGAGAAAGGGUGUGGUGUUGAGUGAAUGAGGUGUUUGAUUUUUGUCAUUUCAAUGCUUAAUGUGUUUGAUGAUUGUGAAUGGAGAACAUGACAAUCUGUGUUAUAGCAUGCUUGCUGUUAUGAUGAUUAAGGUUUGAAAGGUAGCUGCAUGCUGGUAUGUGUAAUACAAUUCAUUAUACAACAUGCAUUGAAAAUGGAUAAUGAUUAAAGGUGGUGUUUAUUUCU